AUGUCUGUGCCACCGCACGAAGCCGAGACAAGUCCGACUGGGCAGAAAGUUCGAGAGUCCUGUAAUGCGUGCAGUUCGCAAAAGAUCAGAUGCGCUCAGAAAGGGGUUGAAUGUGUUUAUGGCAUGUCAAAGCGCACUGGUCGUCGGAAGAGGUCGCCACCCUCAAGCCCCUACGCGGCGCCUCGUACGUCGUCGCUUGAUGUACCAGCUGCCAUGACCGAUGAGCUUUGGGCGUCACUUACUUCGUUUGACAAUAUGUCAUACUCAUUCGGCACUUUCUCUCCGGAUCGCUCCAAGGAUGCCAUGGAUCUGGACAUGCCAUACUUCGACCCAUCGAUCUGGGGUGCCGAUCCUAUCGACACAAUGAGGCCUAAGCAGGACUCGGUCAGCUCAUCGCUGAGUUCAACAAGCAUAGCGUCUGACAAUGACGAUGCCAUCGACAGUCUGUUCAAUCUGUCUUCGACAACGUCGAACCAGUUCUCGCCGUCCUUGCCGACGCCGACACAGACACCUCAUCCACCAAUCUAUCCUCAAAGUUUUGACCCCUGGAGGCCUACACCCGCCUCUACCAUUGCAAGCACAGGAAGCGGCGCAGGUUCCAACCGCUGUGGAGGCCUUAUCCAGGGAUGUAUCUCCUCGGCCUUGCAACUAGUCGCCGACCAACAUGCUCGACCCUGUCCUGCCGGCAGCAUGAGUCGCGAUAUCGACACAGUGCUUGAGAGUAACCGCAAAACACUCCAGAAGUUGUCGAGGAUUCUAGAAUGCCCCUGCUCCAACGAACAAGAAGUCCUCAUACCUGUCUUUCUAGCUGCGCAUCAGACAAUUCUGUGGUACGAGGCCGCCCUAUGCGUGGACUCCCCGCUGUCGCCGUCCACCUCCUCCCUGUAUCUCUCUCAGGCGAAUACUACCGGUCGAGCAGUAACCUCACAAGCCAAGAUGGGACAAUACUGCCUAGACGCCGAUACCCAACGCCUUGUGCACGCACAUGGCGUCUUCUGCGAGCUGCGCACACACUUUAAGCCUUUGAUGAAACAGAUCCAACGACGCAGUGCCCGACAAGAAGAGCACGGUCUCAGUCCACGACAUGACAUGGGAGACCACGACUCUUGGGAUGUCGUGCAUCGCUACGACCAGGCACUGCGUGCCAAGCUCAGCGCAGUCGUCAACAAAGCUAAUACCCUCAAGAGAGGCUGA